AGCAUCGCGAGAAGUGUGGCGCAUAUAAACACGCUGAACAUUCAGGCAGCUCUCGGUUCUGAAGACCGCUUCACUCUUCUGCUGAACUGAGCGACAGAGACACACAGCUUUUUCAACAUGUCUGCCGGUAACGCUCAGAUUGGAAAACCAGCACCUGACUUCAAGGCCACUGCUGUGAUGCCUGACGGCCAGUUCAAGGAAAUCAGCCUGUCAGACUACAGAGGGAAGUACGUGGUGUUCUUCUUCUACCCGUUGGACUUCACCUUCGUCUGCCCUACCGAGAUCAUCGCCUUCAGUGAUGGCGCAGAGGACUUCAAGAAGAUCAACUGCGAGGUGAUCGGAGCCUCUGUGGACUCUCACUUCUGUCACCUGGCGUGGAUCAACACUCCCAGGAAGCAGGGUGGCCUGGGCCACAUGAAGAUCCCGCUGGUGGCCGACACGCGGCGCUCCAUCUCUCAGGACUAUGGCGUGCUGAAGGAGGAUGAGGGCAUCGCUUACAGAGGCCUGUUCAUCAUCGAUGACAAGGGGAUCCUGCGACAGAUCACCAUCAACGACCUUCCUGUGGGCCGCUCCGUGGAGGAGACCCUGAGGCUGGUGCAGGCCUUUCAGUUCACAGACAAGCACGGAGAGGUGUGCCCCGCAGGAUGGAAACCCGGCAGUGACACCAUCAAGCCCGACGUCAAGGAAAGCAAAGGCUUCUUCUCAAAGCAGUAGCAAGCGCACUCGAGUCUGUUCGGUGCUUUAGUUUUAACAUCUAAAAAUCUGGUGAUUUUAGAGUAGAUAUCGGUGUGCCUGGAAAUAGGAAAAAAGUGACCUAUUUUGUAUUUGUUACUGUAAAGAGCAAAAUGAGAAUUUGCAAAACAUGAGGGUGAAGCUCUGUGUUGGUGUUGGUUGUCAUGGUGAUGCUUGUAGCUGAUGCAGUUUCUUCGUUUUGUGCUUGAAUGGCAUCUGUUUUGCCUCUCGAAGAGAGGUGUGUUCUAACUCGCUAUCACAGCUGCCCCCACCUCCUCAACAUACUUUGUGGCAAAAACACCUGAUACAAAUAAAGUGUUGUGUAUCA